AUGACUCUCACGAAACAUAAGAAAAUUGCCAGCCGAAUAAAAUUCGCAAAAUCAGCCCGUAAUUGUUUCAUUCUUUCAUUCGAAAAAAGGAAGACUCGUCAAGCAUAUCAUUUUCUGAAGGAGGCUCCAGAGGAGAUUCCAUAUAGCAUUCGUCGGUACUAUAAGGAAACUCAAAGACUGUUGAGUGUGCUUGAAAACAGGCUGAAGGGUAGAGAAUUCCUUGUGGGAGAUUCACUGACUAUGACGCUUGCUGAUAUUAUUAACUUUACAUGGGCUGAUGCUGCAUCCUUAAUAAACAUUAAUUUUGAUGAAUAUCCUAAUAUUAAGAAUUGGAUAGCUCGCAUAGAAGCGAGACCAGCCGUGCAAAGAGGACUUAAUGUGCCUGACCAGAGAUCUGGCACGGCUGAAGUAGCAUCAAUUGUUAAGGAAAGACUUGCUUUGAUUUAG